AUCCGAUUGAGUAUACUAGAUCAAUUCCAAUUUUCGUCUGCGAACACCGAUUGCAAUUGAAACCAAUGUUUACAGUAAUUGUAUAUAAUUUCAAAUACUCUUUAUUAAAAAUGUGUUUGAUUUGCAAUUUAUUUAUCUAGCAAAAAAAGAAUAAAUUAAAAUAACGUAAAUUAAGUAAUGGAUACUCUGACACAAAAUCCAAUUCGUUUUCAAUGUCAUGAAACUGAAAGCUUAUUAUUCGUUUGUUUAAUUUUUGUUUGGAGAUGCUAAAUAAUAUUGCAUUUGACAGUAAAUUGUGAAUGUUAGUUACAUGUGCACGCACUCAAUUCCAUUCGAAAUCUUGUUCGUUUUCGUUUAUAUAUUAUAAUAUUCAUACAUCACAAAGCAGUACAUAAAAUCUACAGAAUCGAUUUGCAGCAAAACAUCGAUGUUUAUGAAAAUAUCCUGUUUUUUCUUUACUGUUAGUUUGAUUUCAAUCUAUUUCCACUGCAAGUUGUGUGUUCAUGAACGGGUAAAGUUCUCAUCCCAGCUCAGCAGCUGAUUGAAACAUUUUUCCUCAGAUGCAAACUUAACAAUAGAACAAACGAUGUCGUUGUUUCGAUUUAUGUGACUUCGACGAUUUGUCCGGAGGCAUACCACACCAAUCCCAUACAGAUAAGCCAAUAAAUACAGAAAUUGGCUGAGUGUAGCGUACGCACUGUGUGCUUGGAAUAUGAUCGGCUAUAUCGUAUGGGUAUAUUCAAGUGGAAAAUUCACAAAGGAGUCAUAUGGGUUACAGAAUUCAGAAAUUGAUAUGCUAACGCCAGCUCAACAAUUUGCUUUGGCCAGUGGAGUUCAAAAAGCUAAAAUUAUUCGAAGCAGCAACAUCACGGAAACGGUGGACUUUAAAUUGGAAGACUUUGAGCAUUUGAAGAAGAAACCAGUAGAUCCUCUUGAUGAAGACAAUGUUGCCUAAUUCGUUUUAACAUGUGC